UCCAUUACUGAGAUAUGUUUAUUUUUCAAGGAGUUGUGUUCUAGCAUAUUGAAGGUGGAGAACCUAGCUUACAUGGAGAGUAACAUUUGCAUAAUUUUAAACAAGUUGGCAAAAAAUUUUCCUCUUGGAUUUUUUGAUGUAAUGGAACAUCUUCCAAUUCAUCUUGCGCAAGAGGCACGACUUGGGGGGCCAGUUCAAUGUAGAUGGAUGUAUCCUUACGAGAGGGCGAUUGAAAAAUAUAAGCGGACCGUGAAAAAUAGAUCCAGGAUUGAGGGAUCGAUAUGCGAGGCACAUCUGGCUAAAGAAACUUCUUUUUUCUGUUCAUAUUAUUUUGAACAUGAUGUGCCAUAUUUGAGAAAUAGGCCAAAUCGGCAUGAUGAUGGAGGCAUUACUGAUCCUUUGGCCCCACCAUUUUCCAUAUUCAAUCAACCAGGAAGAGGUCCAAAAACUAGUAAAAACGAAAUCUGACUGAGAUGGAGAAAAAGUCUGCUACAACACAUGUGUUGUUGAAUUGUCCGGAGGUCCAAC